AUGCAGUCUGUAACGGGCGCGAGUCACAAAUUUUCUUCAAUUUAUACAGAUGCUAGUGUCAAUCCAUAUAAAAAUGACGUAAACAGCAACUUGUCUUCCACGGCAAUCAUAACAUCACCGGUAUCGAAAACAAUGAUUUCGCCGCUUGCAGCCAUCCAAUCGACGUUGAUUCCGUCGUUGGAAGGCAUUGAUCUCGCUGGUCGCAUUCUUGAAUGGCAACUUAAGAAUGAUAAUCAGUUCCCCACACUUUCUGAUCAGAUAAAGAUCGGUGAAGCCCACGGAGUUAGCGGAUUGUCAGAUGUUGAUUAUCCUAUGCUCGAAGUUGGCCCAAACGGACAGCCGCUCCUCAGGCAGAUGGGAUUGGUCAAUCGAAUUCCCCUACCACCAGAAUUAGUAGAACAUUUCGGGCACAUGCAAAGCUACUGCAUGAUGGGGCUUUUCCCUCUCAUUCAACGUGCGUGGUUGAGCAUCGACAGUGAUAUAUAUGUUUGGACGUACGAGGACGGGGGUGAUCUGUCUUAUUUCGAUGGCCUGAGCGAACCAAUUAUUGCUGUCGAGCUAGUUCGACCAAAACCGGGCAUCUUUCAACCACACAUCCAAUACCUCUUGUGCCUUGCCACAACUGUAGAAAUUGUUUUGUUGGGAGUUAGUUUCUCCGGAUCCAGUACCAAUUACGAAGAAAUGCAUCUCUUACCUGAACCAUUGUUCGCUGUACCAACAGAUGGAUCCUAUAUUGUAACCAUCACUGGCACAGCCAACGGCCGAAUCUUCAUGGGAGCAAAAGAUGGUUGCAUUUACGAAUUCUUUUAUCAGGCUGAGGAGGGAUUCUUUAGCCGUAAAUGUCGUAAAAUCAACCAUUCAAAAAGUACAUUAUCCUACUUGGUUCCAUCAUUUAUCAACGCGGCCUUCAGUGAAGAAGAUCCGAUUGUGCAAAUGGUGCAAGAUGAAACCCGUCAUAUUCUUUACACACGUUCAGAAAAGGGGACCCUUCAAGUCUAUGAUUUAGGCACAAACGGACAAGCCAUGACUCGGGUGGCGGCCAUUAAUACAAAUACCAUCGUACAGUCUGCCGCUAAUAUUGCCAGGACGGUGGAUCGUUCCAGCUUUAGGCCAUUGAUUUGCAUUGCGCCCAUUGAAUCGAGUGAAUCGACAAACUUGCAUUUGGUGGCCAUUACUGCAUCUGGUGUACGUCUGUACUUUAGCACAUUGACAUGGCGUGCAUUUAACGAAGCCACGCCUUCUAGCCGGCCAGUAGCCCUUCAACUCGUUCAAGUCCGCUUACCGCCCGGCUAUGCGGCCAAUGCGUCUCCUCAACGUCCCCAACAAGUCCAGUCGGCCUUGUAUUCUCAUGGAACAACAUUUUUAGCCACUACAACAGCCUCAGAGAACGACGUUGUCUGGACAUUGUCCAACUCGCUCUUUCCGGCUGCCCAGCAACUUUCCGAGACUCAAAACACGUUGGGCUUGGACGGCAAGACUUGGGCGUUGGCCGAAGUUACCAUCAAAAGGCAAAUCGAUCCGUCAAUCUUUGCUCCUCCAGCACCUGAGCCUCCACUGAUUGUGACUCAACAUGCAGCUGGACCUCGAAAAUUCAUUUUCCUAACGACGCAAUGCUGUCACAUCGUCACUCAACUGAGGCCGGUUGAUAUCCUACGUCAAUUAUUAUUCGACGCUUCAGGACCGGACAGUACGGCCGUUCGGGCCUUUUUCCAGGUUCUACGAGAAGAUCAAGCCUGUGCCACUGCCCUCAUUUUGGCAUGUUCAACAAGCGUACAGGACUCCCAGCUGGCCGACUGGGCUGCCCGCGCGUUCUUCCUUCUUGGUGGUGACGUCAAAGUCUCACCAUCUCAUCUGGCUCACCCCGUUUCAUCUCCUACCUCUCCUUUCGUUGUCAACUCGCCCGCCCAUCUGAACAGCACGCCCAGCAAUUUCCAUCAUCAACCAUCGCAUUUUACUUUCAGUUCGCCUGAAUCUGGUGGAGUGGGGGCAUUCAACCCCAAUGCCAUUUCGACCCCUCAAAUGCAACCUUACUCGCCCCAUUCGAAUACCGUCGUGACGGGCAGUGGCGGGUCAGACAUGACCGACUAUCAAUUCUCUGGCCGGCAUAACGGACUUUACCUUUAUCUCGGACGCAUAUUGAGGCCCCUUUGGCUGAUGCCGCUGGCCAGAGAUGUAGGCAAACCACAUCAACCGUUGCUGGACAGUGUUGUUAAUAGUGAAGAAUUGCUAACUGUGCUGGGCCAACUUAAUGCUCUUAAAGGAUUCGUUCAUGCCAAUAUUCAUCAAAACGGCCAUCAGCCUUGUGAGAAGGGCCGUCUUCAGGAAGCUCAAAUGCAGGAGAGAAAAUCGCUGUUGGCAAUGAAGCAAUUGCUGGAUCAUACCGUCGAAGUCCUUGCUCUUUGGAAAGUGUUGUGCGAUCAUCAAUUGCAUUUGCUGGGCCAAUCUUUGACAUCUGAAAUGCGCAUGUCAUUAAAGACUACAUUAUUCCGCGACCUCAUCCUCUCAGGUUGAGACACUUGCAUCGGCCUCAUCAACUCGCUCAUCCAUCGCUACUUGGAUGACGCGGCCAGCACGGACGCCAUCAGCGACAAAUUGCGACAAGUCUGCCCGUCUCUUUAUCGCAAUGAGGAUGCUCUAUGCACUAAAGUUAAUGAACAACUUCUGAAGGCUCGAACGGCCACUAUGAAUCGCAUGGACAAGGAACGUUUGCUGGAACAAACACUGGAGACGUGUAAACAAAUUCCAGCCCGCAUUAAUUUGGCCCAUGUUUGCCAGCAAUUAUCUGCAUGUCAUUAUUUCGGAGGCGUGGUGGAACUCUGUUGCGUUGUAGCUGAGAAGCUGGACCCUCAACAUCGUGCCCAGCAAUGCUACAGCGGCCAACAAGAAGAUCCUGCAGCUGUAGAGGCCCUUUUGGCUCGUAAAAAUUGCUAUCAGCAAAUGUGCCAAGUUUUGCAAAAACUCUACACUGCCGCUGCGUGCCAUCCUCAAUCGCCCAGCGUUCCAAAAUCACCCGGCCCGAUUACCCAAACCGCCCCACAAGGUUACGAUGAGGGUCUAAGCCCAUUGGAAGCCCAACGUCUAGCAGACGAAACUCUUUCUCUCGCUUUACAAUCAGAUGACGAAUUGUGUCACGUGGCCAUUUUCGAUUGGCUGACGGACAACAAAUGGGACGACAAAUUGCUGGAAAUUCAAUCGCCGCAUUUGGAGAAUUACCUCAAGAGGCAAACAGUUGGACAGGUUAAUCAACAGCAGCAGACGGAUUUAGUUGCAAAAUACGAUCUGUUGUGGAAAUUUUAUGAAAAGAGUGGGCAGUUUAUCGCUGCUGCACGUGUUCUUUCACGUCUAGCUGAUGCCCACAGCACGGCCAUAAGUCUUCCGAUGAGAAUCGAAUAUCUUUCGAGGGCCAUUGUUUGUGCACGAGCAGCUGAGACGAGCUCAUUCGGUAACGCCGUCCAGGGCCAGUUUCUCUACGAAAUGGAAGAGAAGAUGGACGUGGCCAAAGUCCAGUCGCAAGUGCUGGAAGCUGUCUCUAGAUUGCCCAGUCGUGAUGCCGACACCAUCAGCCGUUUACAUUCCGACCUGCUGGACGUGACUCAACUCUACGAACAAUUCGCCGAACCCCAGGGCCUUUGGGAAUGCAAAUUGGCCAUUUUGCACUGUGCCAAUCAUUACGACGCGGCCCUUGUGACCAGCAUUUGGCAGAACGUCAUCAAUGCUGAAGUCAAGAAAUUGAAUAAUGCAGAUACUGAAACUAAACUGGCCACUCUGGGUAGCAAAAUGAAAACGCUAGGUAGAACUUAUGCCCAGUCUGAGCAAUUUUUCCCGUUGGAAUUCCUCGUUAAAACAUUGGAAACAUAUUCAGUUCGCUGGAAUGGCCCACCAGGCUGGGUCGUUUCCAUCAUGCUGACGGCUGGAGUAUCGUUCCAGCGUGUUUUUGCCGUUUAUAAUCGCUUGUACGGUGCAAAGGAUGUCGUUUGGCAAGCGGAGGGCAAACCCAACCACUUGCUCCAAGUGCUGGCCGACAUGUUGAAUCGACUGGUGGAUACGUCUAAUGGAGGCUUGGCAGCUCUCGUGCCGACAGCCGAUCGUCGAGCUCUGAUUGGACAGUGUGUCGAGGCCGUUGGGGUCUAUUUGACAGAUCUCUUCUGCACGACUCACGCCACAUCACCUGCCCUCAUAGCCGAAUUCCGUACUCUUCAAGGUAAGUUGGAGCUUUUGUAAUGUUUUUAAUGCAAUCUUUUCCCAUAGAUGUCAUUGCCCUUCUUUUUUCGUCUUGAAGUAACUUUUUAUUUCUGUAUGUGUGUGCGAGAUUGAAUUCUUGUUGUCAUCUACCCAUACGCCUCAACAUCCCUUCCACCAAUUACAUCAAUACAUUAACCUGAUUUGUGUGGCCGUUCAA